CCCAGUGAACAUGCUGGACCUGUUGAUCACCGUGCCUUUCUUCGUCUUCCUGGCGCUGGAGGGCACGUCAGUACGUCCCACUGGGGCCGUCAGGUGGCUUGGUAGGCUGUGUCGGCUGGCCCGCGCGCUGCGCGUUUUCAGGUUUGUCCGCGACACGGCAGCGGGUGUGACCCUCAAGCGCACCCUGGCGGCGGCGGCUCCGUUUCUCGGCGUUCUCUGUGCUGUGUGGGUCGCCGCCCUGGUGUUCUUCGCCUGCCUCGUCUUCUGGGUGGAGCCUGUCAACUCCUACAUGGACUCCAUACCGGAAGCCAUGUGGUGGGCCGUCGCUACCUUGACGACUGUCGGCUAUGCAGUCAUUGUGAGCAAGUUCCACAGCUGCAGCGAAGAGGAGCGCUGA